ACUUCCCUCGUCCGCGGGGGCGGGUGGCGGCCUCUAGCGGCGACGUCUUGCACUAGUAUGAGAAGCAGCAGCUGAUUUGUCGUGGAGCGCAGAAGCAGAAGCAGACGCCGUAGGCAGACUUUUUGCGCUGCCUCGCAAAUUUCUUUCCGUCUUCGUGAAACCUUCGCUCGCCGACGUCUGAAAGCGACUCGACGGUCGCGGUCCGAAAAUGCUUCGCACGCUCGCCACACAAGCCAAAGCUGCUCCGCAGUUGCUUGGAGCUUCAAAAGCCCAAGCUCUUCUCCAGAAUGGUGCGAUGGGUGUUCUGCCCCAGCAUGUCCAGGCUUCUUCAGCUGUACAGGCUGAAGGUGGAGCUGUUGUAAAGAGGAAGCCAUACUCUCCCUUCGGUACAAAUCAGUCUACAUGGGGAGAAUAUGCUGUGGCCCGCCUGGAUGAUCUUUUGAACUGGGGCCGAAAGAGCUCCAUCUGGCCACUUACAUUUGGUUUGGCUUGCUGUGCGGUUGAAAUGAUGCACAUUGCUGCUCCCCGAUAUGACAUGGAUCGAUAUGGUGUUGUAUUCCGAGCAUCUCCUCGACAAGCUGACGUGAUUAUUGUUGCUGGCACCCUUACUAAUAAAAUGGCUCCAGCUUUGAGGAGAGUGUACGAUCAGAUGCCAGAGCCCCGUUGGGUCAUUUCUAUGGGCAGCUGUGCUAAUGGUGGUGGAUAUUACCAUUACUCCUAUUCUGUUGUCCGAGGGUGUGAUCGUAUUAUCCCAGUGGACAUCUAUGUACCUGGCUGCCCACCCACAGCAGAGGCCUUGAUGUACGGUGUGCUCCAGUUGCAGCGCAAGGUGAAGCGCAUGACAACACUUCAAUCCUGGUACCGUAAAUAAAUAAAUACAAUUCAAAUACUCUAGCGACCUAUUCACUCUGUAGUUUUCAGUUUCUGCUGAGGUAUCAAUGUUAUUGUUAAAGUCUUUUUAAUCUAACUAUCAUAGGUAAUUUCUUCUACAAAAUGCAAAUACUUGUUACAAUUGUCUAAAAACAUGAUGAUAAAACUUUUGUGUACAUAUUGGGAAUUUAUACCACCAGAAAGAUGUGAUAGUGGAAGCUUGUAAGGGUGUACAUAUAUUUUGGAUAUUGUAAUAAAAGAGAUACAGCUAUAAAAAAA